UUUCCGCUAGUCACAUGAUUUCAAAAUGGUGGACGGCGCAAAAUUGCAAAUUUUGUUGUUUUCAGUUUGCUGUUUAAGUGUGUUUGUAAAGGGUACUAAAGAUGACCCCAUCAAGGAUGUUCAUAUUAUUUACAUGAACCAUUUAGAUGUAGGUUACAAUGGCAUUAGCCCGAAAAUUGGCUUCAUCAACAAUGUGAUCAAUGCUUACUUCACUGAACACUUUCCAAGGGCUCUCAACCUCUCAGAUGAAUUGAAACAAGGAGGCUAUGUUGAGACAUUCAUCUACACGACCCACCCCUGGCUGUUAAGCUUGUACAUCAACUGUCCUUACAACUCAUCUCUCAAUGGCAUCAUGCUUAAGUGUCCAUCAAAUGAUGACAAGCUGCGUAUGCUGAAAGCCAUCAAACUUGGUGAUGUUUCUUACCAUGCUGGCCCCAUGAACAUGCAGCCAGAAAACAUGAACCAGCUAUUGUUUGAACUGAGCCUGAACAUCAGCACAAGUAUCGAUAACUACAUGGGGUUACAGCGAGAGUAUAGGACCCUCAGUCAGCGAGAUGUGCCAGGUAUGACAAUAGCGGUGAUCCCGACGCUCGUGAAAAAGAACAUCAAGGCUGUGUCUGUGGGUGUAAAUGAUGGCACUAGUCCUCCGGCUGUGCCUAAGAUAUUCACAUGGAAGUUUGAUGAUGAAAACAGUGUAAUUGCCAUGUGGCAUAAAGGUGGAUAUCCAGACAACCCAGGCCCGUCCCCUAGCAACCCUGGGGGUCUAUCCAGGGAUGGCUGUGUCACAUUUGAGGGAUUUGACACUGCCCUAUGCUUCGCCUUCAGGACAGAUAACUCCGGACCGCCAGAAAGUGUCGAGGAGAUUCUUGGCUACUAUGAAAUUUUGAGAGCAGAGUUCCCAGGAGCAAAUCUCCAUGCCUCUACAUUCGAAAAAUUCGUAGAGGCCGUUUGGCCAAUGAGAGAUCAGCUUCCUGUGGUAACCAAUGAGAUUGGAGAUACUUGGAUACAGGGAAUUUCUUCAGACCCAAGAAAACUGGCAGAAUAUCGGGUGGUAAUGAACGCUCUUACAAACUGCAUAAAAGAAGGUAAAUGUGAUGUGAACGAUCCCCAAGUGACAGAAUCAAUUUUCAACCUCGUGAAACUGGGAGAGCACACAUGGGGCCUUCCCGGUGUAUACGAUACUGUGAACUGGACAAACCAUGACUUCUACAGGGCGAGAUCUGGUGAUAACUACAAGAACUGCACACAAGCUUGGGUGGAGCAGCGAGUUUACACACAAAGAGCUGUCGAGAGUCUCAGGAGCCUGCCUGUGGUGGCCGAAAUUAAAAAAGAACUGAAAGAAAUCAAGCAGAAUGCCAUGAGACCAAAUCUUGAAGGAUUUGAUGCAGUUGAGCCAACCUCCAUGUACAAAGCCCAAGAUGGAAUGGAGAUUGUAUUUGGGGAAACAGGGGCCAUAAUUCACUUAUAUGACCCAUAUAACAAGGAAAACUGGGCCAAAUCAAUGAGUUUCGGUAGAUUUUUAUACCACACAUAUGAUGAGAGUGAUUUUAAUCGAUCCCACUCAAUGUAUCCGUACAAAUGGCCAACUUUCUACCAGAAACCUAACCUCACACGUAAUGGAGACGCAGUAUCGAAACUCUGGGAUACCCAAUUGAUGGAGCUCUUCAAAUGGAGGGGUAACGACUUUGUGCUCAUAGCGAAGAUUGUGGUGUCUGACGAUGCGCCUCAUUUGGAGUUUGGGGCGCCGAGUGAGGUCUGGAUAACGUACGCAUACAACCCAACAGUGGAUACACCAGGAUUUGACAUCACUAUGCAAUGGUACGAAAAAACAUCCACACGGAACCCUGAGUCUCUCAUGUACUAUUUCUCGCCCCUCCCACCUCCACCUGUCUCAGAAGCCCUCAAGUUCCAGCCAAGAUUGGCCACUCCAGUCUACAAAUGGAAACUAAGGAAGCUGGGACAGAUUGUCUACCCUGACAAUGUGGUCUUGAAUGGAAGUCAAUACUUGCAUGCGGUAGAUUCUGAUGUCCUCUACACCACUGACAGUGGGGCGGGGCUACAGGUUGCUGCUAGAGAUACGCCCCUUGUUAGCUUGGGAACCGUCUCAAACAUCCCAUCCCCCUUUCCCAUCCCCCUAGCCCCCAUUCAGCAAGGGGAGAUAACCGGGUUUGCCUUUAAUUUGUAUAAUAACAUGUGGGAUACGAAUUAUAUUCUCUGGUAUCCUUACAUACAGGAAGAUGAGAACUUUAAGGCAAGAUUUCAAGUGAAUUUUCUGACCGAUAAAUAGAGGAAAGAUGUUGUAUUUGGGUAAAAUGAGGCAAAAUAAAUGUUUACACUUCAUAGAUGAAUAAAAGAAACGUAUCAGUAUCGAUGCAUUAUUAUAUUUAACUUAUAUGACUUGAAUGAUCAUUACAAAACAAAAACAUGAUUUGUGUACAAAAAAAGGUGAUAUUUUGGCACCUUUUUUUAACUGGGGAAUGACGCAUUUAUUGAAAACUCCAUUAAUAAAGCCUUAUAUAUUUUUAUCUGUACUUAAAUCAUAUACUUUUUAUUGAUAUUUUGGCACUUUUUCACUGAGGAAUUAGUUGCCACAUUUAUUGAAAACUCCAUUUAUAAAGGCUAAUAUUUAUUUAUCUGUACCUAAAUCAUAUACUUUUUAUUGUUUUGAACGUGAAAGUCAAUGGGUUCAACAUAAUAAUGCAUUUAAAUAAAUAUGUUUCCGUUGUGUAUCUAUCAAGUGUAAAUAUAUGUUCUACUCCUUUAAGACAGACAUUAUAUUUCACUGAAUGAUCGGAGAAAGUAAUAUUUUCAUGAGGAAAUAUAAUGUUCUGUUAUCACUAAUGAAAUAAAUUGUGCACUUACAAUGACAUUCAAAGAGUUUUCUGUUUCUCUUUUGCUAAGAUUUAAGAAAAGUUUAGUUUAAGUGACAUUCAUUGAAAACCAAUUAGAAAAAAAAAAUGAAUUGAUUUAAUAAUCAUUUUGAUGACAGUAUUUAAAAGAAAUCCAAUGCUACACAGUUUACCAUGUUAUUAUUAAGCAAUAUGGGAACCAAAAUCUAUAAUGUGUGUGAAUAUAUUAUUAUAUUAUAUGCUUUCCGGUGACUUAUAGAGAUUAAAUUUAAUGCAUUGAAUUUAGUGAAAAUAGCAUGAUUUUUUCCCAAAACAUAAUAUAGAAUUAGAUAUUGAUUUCUGAAGGCUGUUUUAGAUUGGCAAGACGUUUUCUCAUGAUUUUGUCGUGUUGACCUUUUUGUAAGGUUAUAGUAUUUGUGAUGAUGAUGUAAAGAAAACUAUUGAUGUGAACGGCUUCAAAAGAUAUACUUAAGUUUUUUUAAAUAUAUGAUAAGGUUAGGUUGAAUUUGUGGCAUGUUCUUGCGAAUAUAUCUUGCAAAAUAAAGCAAUCUGCAGCAUGGAAGAGAUGAAACCGAUGUGUUAAUUUGAUUUAGUGCUUGUAAAAGAUGCAAUGUAUUCAUGAUAUAGGGUUUUAUAGCUAAAGAGUUUUGGAAGGUUCCUGCAUCCUGUCCUUUUUGGUAGCAUCCUUCUGCUCUAUUGGAGACCAGCAUGGGCUCCUUUCUCCCUUCGUAGAAUGAAAUGCUCAUUGACUGUCCAAAAGUUCUUCUCUUUUGAUAUAAACUUAUAAUAUGAUUAUAAAUACAUACAAACUUUACAUGUGUGGCAGUUAAAACCAAAUCUGACUUCAAUUAAAAUCAAUUCCUAACAUGUUCUGUUUAAUUCAUAAUUUCAAGUUUUUCACAGCUCUCUCUAUACAAUGUGUCAUUUUCUCUUGGUGCACCCUCUUCUGCAACACUGUGUCUUUUUUAAAAACCUGUCCCCCUUCUGCAACACUGUGUCCUUUUUAAAAUGCUGUCCCUCUUCUGCAACACUGUUCCCUUUUUAAAAACCUUUUCCUCUUCUGCACUUCUGUGUCAUAUUUAAAAACCUGGCUUAAACCCUAUGAUAGAUUGCACAGAAUACAUUUCAAUAUAUAUUAGCAAUUAUAUUUGUGCUUAUUGAGAUGUGUUUCAUAACUUACUGUCAUGAUAAACGUUGGUAUAUUUGGUGCUUGUAAUAGGUGCAAUAUUUACAUGAGAGCCUUCAUAUAAUACAUUCCAAUAAGGUUUUGCUUUUUUACAUAGCCUGAUAGUAUUUUUGUCAUAUUAUGUACAUUAAGUGCUUGUUAGAGAUGCAAAAUUUACAUGAAAGCUAUAUUAAAAUACAUUCCAAACAGUUAUAGUACCUUCUGCAUACUGUGAUACAUUAAUAAAAUGUUUUUGUUAUAUCUUUUCCAUAUCAAUUUUACAAAUGUACACUUUUUUCUUACUGCAUAAUCCUUAAAUUGUGUAAAAGAUAUUUUUUUACAAUAUCAUAGACAUGCAUAUUUGAUAAUACAUUUUUGGAACAUUGUAUCAGGAUAUAAAUGAAUGUACUAGUAGUUCGUAUAUGUUGUAAUAUAAUGAAAAUUUUGUAUGCAACAUUUAAGAACUUAGUCCCUGUUAAAAAUGUUAAAUUUUGACACCAUUAAAGCUUCUCAUUACAACAAAUAUACGUAAAUGUAUUGUUUUGAUAUAAAUUGCCUGUUUAUGUAAAAUAUACAAUAAAUUGCUUGUUCUAUUAUA